UGGAGUUUGUACACCUGAACCAGUGGCUCUUGUCCCAGCUGAGAAUGUGAAGCAACAAAUAAUAAUACAUGUUCCAUGAUUGUCUGAAAAUUCUGUAGAUUUUUAUAUAAAAAAAUUUCACCGCGAAGCAUCAAGCUGUGCGUUCCUCACGAAGUUUCAGAGAUAUGUAAUUGAAGUAGCUGGUUAGCCGGUCGUAUUUCAAGAACCUGUUGGAGAAAGACAUAAGAUUAACUUAUCAGGUUAUCCGGUGCCGCCGAGGAAGAUAUAAGUGAUAAAUAUAUAAUUUACACGCCAAGUUAACCCGGUGCUCCUCCCAAUGGACUUGCUACUUAACCACUUACGCUAAUCUGGUGUUAAUUGAUCAGCAUCUGACCCUCUUGUUCUUUAUUGAGAUGAUUGUAGUGUUGAAGAAGAGACACAAAAGUUGACAUGUUCGAUCACCCGUAUUAUCUUGAUAAAAUUGUUUCUGGAUUUCAAAACUGAAAGCAUUGUUCGUUUGAGAUUUCCUGAUACGAAACCGUGAAACUCAAGACGAAUGGGGGCGGCCAAGUUCACGUGUUUCUUCCUUGCGGUUCUCUCGCUGCCUCUCUUGCUACAGAUGUAUCAAGUGAAACGCAUGAUCCUUACUCAGCCACACACUUCUAUAAAACAAGGUGGGUUUGAAACUCGAUCCUUGAAUGCGGCGGCAAGAAUGAAGAAUUUGUCCGUAAGUAUAAUGACUUCCAAAGGAAUUGUUGGCGACCAAAAGACAAGAGAAGCAGUGAAGGGCCAGCCAAGUCCGAAGCUUCCACUGUACCUUGAUGAUGAACCGAAAACUGGGGACAACAUCGGACGGGAGGCGUUGUACGCGGAGAGGCGGGCGCGACUCGAGCGCGUCUGCCACGAGCAUCGCAACCAGACGUCGUUUGGGGGCGUCGCGGCGGCUCCCAGAGCGCAGCUGCGGUGGCUCAACCGGGAACAGCUCGUAGUCUGCUUCUCGGCGAAGGUUGGCACGACCUCGUGGUGCCAUUACCUUCUGAAACACGCCUUUCCUAACGCUUCGUACUUCAAUACAAGUAACGCACAACUUCACCUGAUCGCUCUACGGCAGUUGGUAUCUCAGCCUCAGAGGCUUGAUAUUCUACAACAACUCGGGAGCUACACGAAGGUUGUUAACGUGCGUCACCCGUUCGCACGGCUGGUGUCUGCUUACCGCGAUAAAAUCGAACCUUGCAGCACCGAUCCAAAAUGCUAUGCGAAUCGGAAGCGUCCUCCACUACCAACAAUGCUGGAUUUCAAGGAUUUUGUCCAGUUUCUGAUCGACAAAAUCAAAGUUCCGGUCGUUGCUGACAGAAGUUCGUUCAACUCCUAUGACGUUCACUGGCGUCCGUAUUUCCUCAACUGCGGAGUGUGUGAUCUGAGUUACAAAUACAUCAUUAAAAUGGAAACAUGGAACGAGGAUCUCAGGUACCUGCUGCCGAAAUUCAACAUCGCAGCCGGAGACGAUGUGCACGGCAACGCGUUGAACUCGACCAACGCGUCAUAUCGAUACUUCAAGACGUUACCCAGGCCACUCAUCCUGCAGCUCUACGAGAUCUACAAGAUUGACUUCGAAAUGUUCGACUAUUCUUUGGAUGAAUAUCUGCAAUGAUGUAUGAUUUGGAAAUCAUGGAUCCGUGUGAUAGCUGCUCGCCAUGUAAUUGAACUAACGAGUAAUAUUUAAUUAACUCGCGAAUUCGUUUAUUAAGUCUAUAGCGGGGAUUUGGGAGCAGCAUGAUUUUUAUCGGUGUAAAAUUUCCUAUGAUUAGGAAGGGCAUCACGCAUCAUCUUCAACGAGUUUCUUCAACCUUGUGCUUCUCAUUUAGGGAUCCUUUAUGUUAUUUUAUUGUAGCAUUUCAUUGCGACAUUUUUUAUUAAAGUUUUGUGUCAAGUUUUAGGGAACGCAAUUCAAUAGUACUUAUUGUAUGUUAGGUAUUUCUGAUUUUGGUUUAGGUAUUAUGAAUGUAUUUUCGGUUUAUUUAGGUUUCUGAAGUGACCUCAUGGAGACAUGCUACUGUAUAUGUACUUUUUCAUUGUUUUUUGAUCCACCACGGAGGUACGUGAAAGUAUUUGGUCUGUUUAUUUUGUGUUAAUUAUGUGUCGAUUCAGUGGUGGUUUUUUGCUUCACGUUUCAUACCGUUUUGUUAGUUAGUUAAAUGCCUCUCCGUAAUUUGUUUAUUUGUGCAUUUUUCAGAACUGCUCUGAAUCUUGAAUCCGAAGUUAGGACAUGAGCCAAGGAAACGCAAGGUUGAUUUUUAAUGUAUUAAUUUUCUCAUUAUUAUAGUCCUCAUUUAUCAUUUUAUUUUCCCGACUUGGUUAAAUGUCUGGGGUCACUAAAAGCUUGCUUUCUUAUUUACUAAAUUGACCCCAAGACUGGGGCCGCUAUAUAUAUAAUCCGAAUAUUGUGGCAUAGCAGUAAACUUUCAUCUAUAAACCUCACAUAUGUCCAUCAGUAAGUAAUGGCAACAUGGCUCCAUGUGUUGAUGCUCUGCAAGAACUGUCAUCUAAUAAAAACAAAAAUAAUAGAAGAUUACGGAAUAAAAGUUUGAAAAACUGGCAGGCGUCUUGCUUCAUAAUAGAUUUCCUACAAUAAAUAGAAUUAUAGAAUUAAGAAUCAUGUGAAUAACGAUCUGGACUUGGGGUGAUUCUUGUAUUGUUGUGCGGUUCGUGAGAUCAUUAAGCGGCAUAGCUGUUUA